UCCAACAACUCAUACUCAAUGGCGGAUCUACAAUAUGGUUUUGUAGUAUAGUUUUAAUUAUGCUCCCUAAAAUUCAAAUAUCAUUAUGUAUAAAAAUUCAUGUUAUAUUGUGUGAUUUUUAAACUGUUUAAGUUUCGCCAAUAAUCAGAGUCACAAAGACAAUAAAUUAAUCACGACUCCGCAAGUCCGCAGUAUAGACUAUAGACGUAUAGUGUUCCUGAUCCUGAUCCUGAUCCUGAUAUCAAGUAGAGGUUUAAGUAAUAAAAUAACUUGAGACUUUGAGUAUACAAGUAGACAGAGUUUGACCAUAAUUUGGUUAGAUUUGGAUCGAAAUGGGGAUUUUGAAACACCCAGAUGAAAUCAUUCCACUUUUGAAGUUAAUGAUUGCUGUGAAAAAUGCAGAGAAGCAAAUCCCAACUGAAGCUCACUGGGGUUUCUGCUAUUCUAUGAUUCGCAAGGUUUCCAGAAGUUUCGCCAUUGUUAUGCAACCACUUGCUACUCAGCUUCGUAAUGCUGCAUGCGUUUUUUACUUGAUCCUUCGGGCCCUCGACACCGUAGAGGAUGAUACAAGCAUAGCUACAGAUAUCAAAUUGCCUAUUCUGAGAGCUUUUCAUCAGCACAUAUAUGAAUAUGAUCGCCAAUGGCAUUUCUCUUGUGGUACAGGGGACUGCAAAGUGUUGAUGGAUGAGUUUCAUCAUGUCUCAACUGCUUUUCUUGAGCUUGAUAGAGGUUGUCAAGUGGUAAUUGAAGAUAUGAUCAAAAGAACGGGUGAAGCAAUGGCACAAUUCAUCGGCAAGGAGGUAGUAACAGUUAAUGACUAUGAUGCAUAUUGCCAAUAUGUAGUAGGACCUAUUGGUUUAGGAAUGUCAAAGCUUUUCCAUAACCCUGGUAUGGAGGAUUUAGCUCCAGAGGAUCUUUCCAAUUCCGUGGCUUUACUUUUGCAGAAAACCAACAUUAUUCAUGAUUACCUUGAAGAUAUUAACGAGAUUCCAGAAGCUCGCAAGUUUUGGCCCCGUGAGAUUUGGUGUAAAUAUGUCAACCAACUGGAGGACUUGAAAUGUGAUGAGAAUUCAGAGAAGGCAGUUGAAUGUUUAAAUGAGAUGGUGACGAAUUCCUUAUCGCAUGUGGAAGAUUGCCUAACCUACUUGUCUGCUUUGCGCGAUCAUGCUAUAUUUCGGGCCUCUGCUAUUCCACUAAUCAUGAGCAUUGGAACUUUAGCUUUAUGCUACAACAACAAACAAUUCUUUAGAGGCCCGGUGAAAAUGAGACGUGGUCUUGCUGCUGUAGUAUUUGAUCAGACAAACACAAUGCCUGAUGUUUAUGGCGCCUUUUAUGAUUUCGCCUCUAUGAUGAAAUCCAAUGUUGAUAAGAAGGAUCCAAAUGCCAUGAAAACACUAAGAAAGAUUGAAGCAAUCCAAAGUAUUUGUAGGGAUUCUGGAACUCUGAACAAAAGGAAAUUGCACAUUGUGAGGAUUAAGUCAGUCUACUCUUCAAUCAUGAUAAUGGUGCUGUUCAUUGUUUUGGCAGUCAUAUUUGCUCGUCUGUAUGCCAACCUAAAUGAUAAUUAGCUCUUAAGCUGUGGUACGUAUAGCACAGACAUGACAAGUCUAUUUGCCUAAGUAGUUAGAAACCUAACAUGGAGCGAAUUGUUCGCAGACUGUACAACUCCAGUAAGGUAAUACCAAAAUUUCUGCCUUUCACCAACUAUUUAGGCAAUUAGCUGGACUCAUUCAUAUAAGCAAGAGUUACAUGCCAACAUUUGUUUUAUGUUUGUAUAUGUGUUUUCGCAGAUAGCUUUUUGUGUUGUAUGUUGCACGGGGAUGUUGUUAGUCCAUGCCGUGUUUAAGUUACUAGUUUGUGUAAUAAGUUUCUACGUAAUAUAUGUUAUGGAUCUAUCUGUCCA